UUUUGCUCUUGCGCUGGCGGAUACCGGCGAAUGCAAGCGGUGGAUGCGGAUUAGGGCAGAUUAGGGCUCGUGAUAAGUUGUUUGGCAACUGGCAUGCUGUUCGGUCACGUGCCUUUGUUGUCAAAAUCGUCGAAGCGUCGAAGUGCCUAAAAAAAACCUUAAAAACUCGUGAACACGUUGGGGAAAACCAUAGAAACCGUGAUUUAAUUUCACCGAUGCCCGCAAAAUGCGUGCGGAAGAUGACGAUGCGGAAUUUGACGACUUUCUCCCAAAUGGUGAAAAUGACGAGUCUUUAGAAAAUAUUCAAGUUUCUAAUGAACUUCGCGCUGGAGUCACACUCGAAGAAGUGCUCGAUAUUCUCGAUCUACUGACAAACAAGAAGAAAUUGACACCUGAUGUCCCCUUAUACAGACGACUAGUUUUAGGCAAACAUGUCCACACGGAGAAACGGGACUGCCGUUUCUUGGCAGAGAUGCUUCAGUCGGCCAUCUUCAGUUACAAACUGGAUGCCGCAUCGCAAAUUUUGGAAGAAAUCAUUUCUAGGCCUUAUCCCGCUGAUCAGCUUGCUUACAAGACGGGAAUGUUCCUCAUUGAAGCUCAUCCCUCUUCGACACCCGAAAAAAUGAACUAUUUUAUACGACACUGUCACUGUCUUCGGCAUGCUGAUAAAAAGGAGAUGGCUCUGGAGUACAUCAUCUAUUGCCUUAAGAAAGGUGACUACAAGCACCUCAGAACAUUUUUUCAGAGUAAUCUGUCUGUGCACAAGAAGAUAUUUAGAAAAAGUGAACGCAUCGAGCUCAUUCUGAAAGGUUAUCUCGGAAUCUUGGACUACCUGGAGUGGAUAGAGUGCAUUCACAGUGACGAAAACGAACGAGGACCAGUUACAGCUCAAGGAGGUGAAGCUGCAAUCGUUGAGAACUAUCGUUCCCUCACGUGUGCCGCAAGGGCUGCCGAACAUUUUAAGGAACUUUUGAUCUGCGAGGGGCCUUUCGAUGUAUUUAUUCUAAAGUAUCUUGAGGUGCAAGAGUACUACAGUCAAAUAGGGGAAGCAGAUGUCAUGCUGGAGGAGUACGUGGAAAAAAAUCCUGAGAACCUAAAUGCAUAUAUCUACCAUUAUACAUUUCUCAAAAGACACAAUCUUAAACCUGAAGAACGCCUGGAAUACCUACAGACAAUCUGUAAGAUGGACCCAUCAAAUCCUCUAGUCCUUGAGUACGCUGACCUCCUGGACACUUCAGGUCCUGGGAUCAUAGAGGUUGUGAAAAUACUUGCAAAUUUUGUUGAUUCCUUUGAAAACAAGGACUCCAAGGAUGGCUGGAAAUCCCUUUGUCAUCUGGUGCUCAAUGCUGCUCAGAGUGAACAGCCAGAAAUCGAAUCAUCCUUGCACGAACUUUGGAAAUCAAGAAGUUCAUACUGGACCCUGUACCACUUCCAAAGGCCCAAACUAUCGGGCACUCCUGAAACUUGGGUCUUCAAAGCAGCAGUCCUACGUGUGCUCAACAGAUCAGACAAGGAGUUUCCAACCAUCGUGAAAGAACAGCUUGAAGAAGAGGACAAUGAAACGCUUCUUGAGCUCCAUAAGAAAUACCAGCAACGUGCCCGUGGCAAAAGAAAAGACAAACAAAGACAACUCUAAAAUGUGCUGUCUGAUCAAUGUUCUGCUAUUUUCAAAAUCUGACAAAACUUUUAAGUCCUGUUAAAAUGCAUUUUAUGUUUUUACAUUUUUCUUUUUUUAGCAAACUGUGUUUGGUAACAUCAGUGUUUUCUUUAUCCUACCAACCUGUAGAAUUAGGUCUUCAGAAUAAUGUCGUCCUCAUUUUUCACAAUAUCAUUAUUAUUGUGUGUGCACGAAUGAAAUUCUCAGUGUACUCGGUUGACAAUCAAGUAUUGGUUGUAAAAGUUAGAACCAAAUGUGCAGUGGUUUGUCACCCUGAAUGCAAACGACCAUUAGUUUACUUUAGUGUGCACAUUAUGGCCGUAUACAUAUAGUAGAUCAUGUACCGUCAAACCCUAGAUCAUCAUCAUCAUCAUCAUCAUCAUCGAUUUAGGAUAAGCAGCAAACUGACACAGUGUAACUCGUUACCCAAAGUACAGUACAACCUCUUUGGUGUGCUGUCCUACAUGACAGAGUUAUUUAGAGCUCUGUAGCACUUUUCUGCAUCAUACAAUUCUCACUCACUGUCAAUGAUAUCUCUGUGCUAUUCUAAGCCUUUCAUUUAGCAUCCCCGUACUUAUUUUCUGAUGUUCAUCCACACCCCAGGUGUUUUAUUGUACCUGUUCAAAGGAAGCGUUGUCAAGCCCAGCUUUCUCAUUUGAAUGUACAGGACACAACAAAACCUUUGUUUGGAAAUGAAUCAUGCUUUAUUUUAUGUCUUCAAAAGAGAAAGUUGAGUGCAUAAAUGAUCUGUCAAUGUUAUCAAAAUGAAGACGUGUGUCCAAUACUGUACCAUAAUAAAGCAGUAUCACAAAACAUUAA